AUGCCAUCACGCAAGUCUGCUCGCUCAAAGAAGGGCAAGCAGCCCGAGGCACUCCCGCCGGCACCCGAAGAGGUCGAAGCCGCCGUCUCAUCCGAAGCAGUCGACGCAGCCACCACGCCCGCUGAGGACGCACGGGUGGACGACAAGGCAGACGAGGAGGCUCAGGAGGAACAGAUCGCGGCAGAAGAGGAGGCGGGACAGCAGGAAGAGGCACCUGCUGCUGGACCUUCGUCAGGCCUGUCGAUGGAGGAGCGCAUGGCAAAGAUGAAGGAGCUCAGGAAGAGAAUGAACGACUCGGCUCGAGCGAAUCGCCAGGACGUCGUCGCGGAAAUGAACGCCCAGCGCGCCUCUGCGCGAACACUCGCCCGCCUCGAACGCAAGCGACAGCAGGCGGAAGCGAUGGGCGAGAAGCAGCGUGCGGUCGAGACGGGCGAGGACCUCGAGCGCAAGAAGAACUGGGAGUACUCGAUCGAGGACAACGAGAAGUGGGACAAGAAGCAGGCCAAGAAGGCGAGGAGGGCGGACUUUAGCUUCACGGACUACGAUGACAUCGCACGACGGAAGUACAAGAAGGACCUCGACGACUUCAAGCCCGACCUCGCCGCGUACAACAAGCAACGAGAAGCAGUCACCCAAACCGACGCGCUCGUCGCCUCCGCAUCAGGCGGCGAAGUCGGACCCGUCCUCGACAACACCGGCCUGUAUCGCGACGCCAAUAGCUUUGUCUAUGCGGACCACAAGCCGACUGAUGAGCAGAUUGACCGGGUAAUCGGGAAACUCAAUAGCGACAUCGACAAGCGGCAGAAGCGGUCGCGCAAGCGCGAGAACGAGGAGCAGGGCGACAUCACCUGGAUCAACGAGAAGAACCGCAUGUUCAACCGCAAGCUCGCGCGGUACUACGACGACGUCACGAGGGAGACGAGGGAGAACUUCGAACGAGGAACCGCCUUGUAA